UCUCAUCACAUUCGAUUAACAUUUAUAUUUCUGAAUAACAACAUAAAAGUUAAAUAUUAUUGCAAAUAACAAUAUAUCUUUUCCCCUCUUUCGUUUUGUCCGAAGUUCAAGUGUUGGUAGUAUUGACGUUAUUAUUGGGACAAGAUUCUCUAAGUCCUUAAAAGUUUCUUUCUUCUUCCAUUAUUGGUCUGUUCUUUUCAGCUAAACUCCUCUCGCAUCGUUCAUCUCUCUUCUUUUUCUCUCCACGCUGAAGAAAAGAGAAGGAAAGAUGAACGGUAUAAAAGAAGUGUAGCUAAAACGAAUAAAUUAUAUUACACGCUAUGCUACAGAAAAUUGUUCUUUCUUUUUUUUUAAGACCAUUUAGGAAGUGAAGAAAAGCACAGCCAAAAAGAAUGGCAUCAAAUAUUGCACUUUAAAAGAAAGAUUCGCGUUUCUCUAAAGAAUUCCAAAACAGAAUGGUGGGGACAAGAUAUUCGAACAGAUAGCUCGACCGUUAGUCUCACUAGUCAGUAAACAGUUUCCUUCGCGACAGUCAGCAGAGCUAAAGAUCAUUGCACCGGAUUUAUUCAAGAGUGCAACUCAACAUGCCACCUAAAUUGGAAUUAAUUGCCGCAGCAUGCGAAAAUAUGGGUAUUGGAAUAAAUGGCGAUUUACCAUGGCGUUUAAAGACGGAAAUGGCGUACUUCACGUACAUGACGAUUAACACAGAGCAUAAAAAUAAAAGGAACGUCGUACUUAUGGGUCGGCGCACGUGGGAGUGCAUCCCCAAAAAAUAUCGACCUCUGAAGGACCGAAUAAAUAUGGUGUUAACUUCGCAAUCAUUGGAUUAUGGAGAUGACGCGAUAACAUGUAAAAGUAUACCACAUGCGCUUGACAUAAUUUCAGGAAUGCAGAAUGAAGUAGAAAGGAUAUGGGUAAUAGGAGGAAGUAGCUUGUACAAGAGUGCCAUGGAAUCUUCGUACUUUGGACGAUUGUAUUUGACGCGUAUAAAGAAAAAAUUUGAAUGUGAUACAUUCUUUCCUUCUAUCCCAAACGAUCUCGUGUUAAUCGACGAUCCAACGGUACCACAAGGCAUACAGGAAGAAAAAGGAAUUAAAUUUGUAUAUGAAGUGUAUGAAAGAAGAUAAAACUACUUCUUUCAACCAAAUUAAAAUUGUAAACGUAUUAUUUUUGUGAACAUUAUUUUUG